GUUUUAUCAAUCUGAUAAGAUCUUUUCCUCCCAAACCCGCUGCCAUGCACUAACUCUUUCCACUAACACCUCCCUAGCCUCGAGUCAAGGAACGAUGCCAGUCGACCAGAUUGACAGAGACUGGGCCAUCGAGGUCUUCAGGGAAAGUUUGAGAACGUCUCGCCUUUCUGUUGAAUUCGGUCAAUUCUCUACUUCAUUUAAUACUCAGUCAGCCCGGGAGAUCCCGAACGAUCCUGAUAGUCUCGAAUAUCUCCGGGAAUUCAUCGCCUACAUCCUCGACGGUCGCACUAUCAUUUUCACAUACAACAUCGCUUUACUUGUAAUACUUGUCCUUUUCUCUCUAUUCCACCUAUACGAAAGCAUAUCCGAGAAAUCCAGAUGGAGAAUAAUAGAGCAAGAUUCGACGAGCAUCGCAGCAGAAUGUACGACCGAUGAUUCCGAGAUAGUAAACGAGAAUGAAGCGGAGUCAUCUUCUAGUAGUACUUUGGAGGGAUCUCUGCCAUCAGAAAUCACGUUGAAGGCCAUCGAAGAAGAUGUCGAAAGACAACCUCUCCUAGGAAGACGGCAACGAGGGACACCCCCGGUGAGCCUAGGGGCUCGUUUGCUUCGGGGUCUUAACACUCUAUUGAUGUACCAACCUCGGCCGAUCCCGUUAAUCAAUCGGACUUUACCAUCGAAUGGAACGUCCCUCUUCGUCACGGCCUUCAUAGGCCUUAACAUAUUCUACCACCUCUACCUAAUGCCAUUCGAGACUAGAUUCUUCUUCGUCUUCGCCGACCGUGCUGGCAUAGUCUUCAUCGUCAACCUUCCGCUCCUUUACAUACUUGCCGCCAAAAACCAACCGCUGAAGCUGCUUACGGGGCGCUCAUACGAAGCUCUCAAUAUAUAUCACCGCCGCGUCGGCGAACUAAUGUGCUUUGAAGCAUUCGUUCACUUCGCCGGCAUGCUAGCAUGGCGGAUAUGGUUCGAGCCAGAAUGGCUUAAGGGCAACGGUUUUUGGGGCUACAUUACCCACCCCCUCGUAUUACUCGGCAUCGGAGCGUUUGCAUCAUACGAAAUACUAUUCUUCACAUCCCUCGGAAGUUUUCGACAGAGAUGGUACGAACUCUUCUUAGCCUCCCACGUCUUCCUACAAUUCGCCGCGCUAGCGUUUUUGUGGCUGCAUUUCUUCACAAGCCGACCGUACAUACUCGCAUGCCUGGCAAUAUUCUUCGUUGACAGGAUUGUCUGGCGUGUAUUUAUGAAAUCCGCCAAUUUUACUGCGGAUAUUUCGAUAUUAGAGGACGAUGAAACACUACUAUUGUCUACUGAUUGGGACAUACCUACGUCUAAAGGCCGAGGCUGGCUACGUCCGUUUCGACAGAGCAUCCGACAUGGUUGGCACCCAGCUGAUCAUGUAUUCAUCUCGGUUCCCGCAAUCCACCCACUACAAGCUCACCCCUUUACCAUCGCAUCCGCUGCGCCCGUGGUACAUCCUAGCCAUUCGCCAACCCAUGCUUGGCUAAGUCUACUGAUCAGAGUACAAGCUGGACUCACUGCAGAUUUACUGAAAUAUGCACGCGCCAACUCAAGAGUGACCGUCCGCCUAGAUGGACCGUACGGAUCUCGAGACCCUCUUAACAUGCUAAGGUCAUGCGACAACGCCGUCAUGAUUGCCGGUGGAUCUGGAAUCGCAGUCGUAUUCCCUCUAGCGUGGGACUUAGCUACGACUCACCGUGGAAAGAGACAAGUCCAUCUUAUCUGGGUGAUACACUCUCGAGCCCAACGAUCUUGGCUACCUGAAGAUAGAAUCACUGAGCUGCGCGAAUUCGGCGUGAAUGUCAUCAUCCCUGAACCUACGAACGAAGCCGGAAGACCGGAUAUCGCUGGACACAUUGCCGACUUGGCCACUUCCUCGGAAGGUAGAACUGGAUUCGUAGUCUCUGGACCCGACGGCCUCAACAGAAGCGCGAGGAACGCUUGCGCGGAGGUUGUCAAGAGCGGAGCUGAUAUCCAACUUCGGGUAGAGAAAUUUGGCUGGUAAGGGGCGUUCUGCUUUUUUUUCCUGUGCACUGGCGGGGCGACGGGCGUUUUAUGAUCAUGACUUAUGAGGCAGGCUUGGUAGAUUGACAAGUCUCUUGGGUGGUUACAUCAUAUCUUGAGUAGGUAUCUUUUGGAUUGUUUACCUAAGGCCUUAGAACGCUUAGAGUUUGGGCACAUACAUACACACCGGCCAUGUGAGGUUGGCUUUGACGUCUAGAUAUCGUUUCCCCUAACGUGGGAGUCUGUUAAUAAAUUUUGAUAUAACUCA